GGCGCCUUAUUCCCCCCAAACAAGGAUCCUCUUGGAGGAGGAGAUUACAGAGGCAUGCACACCUCUGUUCUUCUCCCUCCUCUCGUCUUCCUCCUAAACUCGACUCAUUCGCUCGACACCGCAUGGCCUAACCAGUUAAACCCCCUUCCUCCUGCACCGGUGAAUUGAACGAACCAAACCGUCCUGACUGGUCCAGCGAGGCGAACAUGGCAGCCUGCCGCGGCGCCUUCCUCGCCGUCGUCAUUGCGAUCAACGUCGUGGUUUCCGCUUCCGCGGACAAGUACAAGCCGACGGAGUCCAUACUGGUGAACUGCGGUUCGGCAAAGGAGGGCAAGGACGUCGACGGGAGGAAAUGGGCGGCCGACCAAGACAAGAGCUGGCUCGUCGACGCCGGGAAGUCAUCCAUCAUGGGCGACGCCGACGUCCAGGACCCGUCGCUUCCGUCGCCCGUGCCGUACAUGACGGCCCGGGUGUUCACCAAGGAGGCCAUGUACAACUUCUCCGUCGGCGACGCGGACAGGCACUGGCUGCGCCUCCACUUCUACCCGGCGGCCUACCACGGCGUCCCGGCGGAGCAGUUCUUUUUCUCGGUGUCCACGUCCACCGGGAUCACGCUGCUCCGCAACUUCAGCGUGUACAUCACCGCCAAGGCGCUCAGCCAGGCGUACAUCAUCAGGGAGUUCACGCUGCCGCCGAUGGCCGACGGCACGCUGGCGCUCACGUUCAAGCCGACCGCGAUGAACAACGCGUCGUACGCCUUCGUCAACGGCAUCGAGAUCAUCUCCAUGCCCGACAUCUUCGCUGACCCGGCGACCAUGGUCGGCUUGGCUGACCAGACCGUGGACACCGCGACCAGCAGCCUGCAGACCAUGUACAGGCUCAACGUCGGCGGCUCUUACAUUGCCCCGACCAACGACUCUGGGCUGUCGCGGGACUGGUACGACGACACACCAUACCUCUACGGAGCUGCGGUCGGCGUCACGUACAAACCUGACGACAAUGCCCAGAUCAAGUUCCCGAGCCCUGAGGCAGAGUACGCGGCGCCGGCCAGCCUCUACCUCAGCAGCAGGUCCAUGGGCCCUAACCCAAAGGUGAACCAGAACUACAACCUGACGUGGGUGUUCGAGGUGGACAGCAACUUCACCUACGUUGUCCGCCUCCACUUCUGCGAGCUGCUGCUUACCAAGGUCAACCAGCGGGCGUUCGACAUCUUCGUCAACAACAAGACGGCGCAGGCAGACGCGGAUGUCAUCGGGUGGACGUCCGGGAAGGACGUGCCCGUGUACAAGGACUACGCCACGUUCAUGCCCGCCGGCACAGCCGACAAGAUCCUAUGGAUCGCGCUGCACCCUUCCGUGUCGAUGAAGCCGGAGUUCUACGACGCGGUCCUCAACGGUCUCGAGAUAUUCAAGAUGAGCGACAGCUCCGGCAACCUCGCUGGUCCGAACCCCGACCCGUCCAGGAUGCUGGAGGAGGCAGAGAUGGGCGUGACGCAGGGGCAGUUCAAAGCCAAGCAAAGCAACCUCCAGGCCAUGGUGAUCGGCGGCGCGGCGGGUGGCGCGGCGGCCUUUGGGAUUGUAGCGGCCAUAUGCGUCGUGGCUUACCACUCGAAGAAGAGGCGGGCGCUGGGUAACAGCGUGUCGCAUUCCUCGGGAUGGCUGCCCGUGUACGGUGGCAACUCGCACACAAACGCCAGCAAGUCGUCCGGCGGCAAGAGCGCGGCGCUCAACCCGAACAUCACGGCCAUGUGCCGGCACUUCUCGUUCCAGGAGAUCAAGGCGGCGACCAAGAACUUCGACGAGUCGCUGGUGAUCGGCGUGGGCGGGUUCGGCAAGGUGUACAGGGGCAUCGUCGACGGGGACACCAAGGUGGCGAUCAAGCGGAGCAACCCGUCGUCCGAGCAGGGCGUGCUGGAGUUCCAGACCGAGAUCGAGAUGCUCUCCAAGCUUCGCCACAAGCACCUCGUGUCGCUCAUCGGCUGCUGCGAGGACGACGGCGAGAUGGUCCUCGUGUACGACUACAUGGCGCACGGCACGCUGCGGGAGCACCUGUACAAGAGCGGGAAGCCGGCGCUGCCGUGGCGGCAGCGCCUUGAGAUCACCAUCGGCGCCGCGCGGGGCCUGCACUACCUCCACACCGGCGCCAAGUACACCAUCAUCCACCGCGACGUCAAGACGACCAACAUCCUGGUGGACGAGAACUGGGUGGCCAAGGUUUCCGACUUCGGCUUGUCCAAGACCGGCCCGACGGCCAUGAACCAGACGCACGUCAGCACCAUGGUGAAGGGCAGCUUCGGGUACCUCGACCCGGAGUACUUCAGGCGGCAGCAGCUCACGGAGAAGUCCGACGUCUACUCGUACGGCGUGGUGCUCUUCGAGGUGCUCUGCGCACGGCCGGCGCUGAACCCGAGCCUGCCGAGGGAGCAGGUCAGCCUCGCCGACCAUGCCCUGAGCUGCCAGAGGAAGGGGACGCUGGAGGACAUAAUUGACCCGGUGCUGAAGGGCAAGAUAGCGCCGGACUGCCUGAAGAAGUACGCCGAGACGGCGGAGAAGUGCCUGUGUGACCAUGGAGUGGACCGGCCGUCCAUGGGCGACGUGCUGUGGAACCUCGAGUUCGCGUUGCAGAUGCAGGACACCUUCGAGAACGGCGGGAAGCCGGAGGGUGGAAGAGGCAGCUCGAGCGACAGUGGCACCGUGUCUAUGGCCGACAGCAUGGCUGCCUCGGCUGCGGCGCUCGAGCUGAUCAGCGAGGACAUGGACGAGGAGGACAUCGCCAACAGCGUGGUGUUCUCGCAGCUCGUUCACCCGACUGGCCGGUAAGGGGUGUGCGUGUGUGGAUUGGGACGUGGAUGCUGAAAUCUAUGGGUGCGUGCGUUUGUUGUCCGUUGGGGUUCAUCUGUUCUUGUUAAUAUGUACUCAGAUCAUGUUGUGCGUAUGUGUGUGUCGUCGUUGUUGGUUGAUUCUUUAAUUUGGUUCCUUUUGCUGUACUUUUGUGGGCCAUGAAAACGGGGGAAACUUGGUAAGAA